AUGGCAAAGCUAUACCUAGAUGAAUACCCGUAUCAAUUUGGUUCGACAGGAUCCAACGGGAUGAAUGAAUUUCUGAUGAUUUCGCGCGACGAGGUGCCUGCUAAAACUCCGGCUCAUCUCCUGAUUCGGAAAGCGUUUCCAGAUAUGGUUGCCAUAUCUACAGUGGUUCUCGGCAAAAGAUCUGUUGAUUUCCUACGCACGACAGAAUUUGUCCGUAUCCCACCGUCUCGUAUAAGAUCAUGA